ACCCCUCCAACGGGACCACUCCAAUGCAGCAGAUGCUGGCUUCUGGCAGCAGGGUUCUCGUCACCUCCCUCUUUGGUGACAGAUUGUUUGGAUGCCUUUGUAAAGAUUACUCGCUAUGAAGAAGUCCAGUCUCUUUGGAGUGGGCUUCCACCGACACUUGUGAUGGCAGUUCCUGCGACAGUAAUAUACUUCACCUGCUAUGACCAACUGCGGGACUUCCUUUGCUCUGGAAUGGGAUAUCAGGGUAACCAAGUACCGCUUGUCGCUGGUGCCCUUGCUAGAUUGGGUACUGUGACGGUAAUCAGCCUUCUGGAGCUGAUCCGCACUAAGAUGCAGUCCAGGCAGCUCUCGUACCGCGAGCUCAGGGUGUGUAUCCAGUCCUCUGUGGCUCAGGACUGCUGGCUAUCCCUCUGGAGGGGCUGGGGACCAACCAUACUCUGGGAUGUUCCAUUCUCAGCCCUUUACUGGUUCAACUAUGUGCUGGUGAAGGCCCAUCUUUGUGAGUACAGUGUCCAUGAAGCCACCUUCAUGAUGAGCUUCAAUGCUAGUGCAAUCUCAGGCACAAUCGCAGCUGUGAUGACCCUCCCGUUCGACGUAGUGACGACCCGCUGGCAGAUUGAACUGGGCAACAUGCAGACACAGAAAGUUUUAACUAAGAGGCCUUCAUCGACUUGGCUGAUAAUGAAGCAGAUCCGGGCAGAGUCCGGAUUUCAGGGGCCCUUUGCAGGGUCCCUCCCACGAGUGAUCAAAGUGGCCCCGGCCUGUGCAGUGAUGAUCAGCAGCUACGAGUUUGGGAAAACUUUCUUCCAGAAACUGAACCAUGAGCAUGAGCUGCAGAGCCUGUGAGCAAAGAGUAUCCACAGCAAGGACAACGAAACAUGCAGACCACCAUCGUGUAAAAAUACAAAAGCUUUACACUGAGCAAGCUGUGCCGUUCUGCACCCUCCUGUGAGGAGGCAUCUACUUGGCUGGAGGAGUCUGUAAUUGAGCUGAAUAUAUAUUGAGAGUGCCACAUGUAGGAACUACCAGGUAGUAAUUCAGGAAAAGCUAGGGUUAAGAUAAGUUGACUUUCUUUCGUUUCUCAAAAGAUUUUUUUUUUUUUUAUUGAGUCACAACUGGUGUUACUUGAGAGGAGAGUGUCUCUUUUCUAAUGUUUUGGUUGUAGGAAUUCACCCAUUCCUGUGUAAUUUAUUAUUUUAAAUAUAUUUAAUAACUUAAAUAUACUUUCAGUUGUAUAGCUGUUUUUCUAAUGUUGUGCUACAGUUGUGUUUUUGUUUAAAAUUGCCAAUGCAAUUAUCUAUUUUUAAGCUCAAAUAAUAUAGUGCUACUAUAUUACAAGGGCAUUGUUAUUUUUUUUUUAAAUGCUCCGAUCAGCAAAUUCAGUUUUUAACUGGAUUAUUGACCACUGCAAAUUUAAGUACAAACUUCAACUGGAGUCAUGAUGCAGCUAUUAGUUAGUAGUAUUAUUUAAACUUGGUUUCCCAAUUGCGUAAAGGAAAAUCUGGAUGAGUUAAAUCCAGAUUUUGGCUCUCUUAAACCUGGUUCUGCUUCAUCUGUCUCUUCAGCUGCUCUCCCUAGCCUAUUGAGGACAAGUGUGUAAUGCAGUGCUCCGUCAAACAAAUUUUUCUUCUCAAUUCUGAGGCAUGUUGUAGAAACUGAUAUUUCUUUCACAUUGUCUGCUUGAAACUGUAUUUGAACUGGCCUGCUUUGUAUGGACCCGCUAGCUUAUCAAUGCAAGCUUGCGCUUCCCUGGCUGGUGCCUUUUCCAUUGAUUUUGCUGGAUAAUAAACAGAGGCCACCUCAGGGCAGUAAACCCUGGGAAGGAAUCAUGAAAAGGGCUGCCGCUUUGCCAGCUGGAAGAAACUAAAAGGUGACUGUUGAAAAAUACAAAUCUGUUACUGACUGCCUUCAUUUUAAAACUGAAACAUAUCCACAUUGAAUUUAAUACAGUGAAAGAAACGAAGCCUUACUAGAAGUUCACAUCUAGUUCAUUAGGUGGUGUUGCUGCCUUUUCCACAAUAUAGUGGCCAAAUGUUGCUUUGUCAACAACACACAUUCCACUGCCCUGCUGUAUGUAAUCUUUGCGGAAUGCUAUAGCAUUUUCAAGGUGAAACCAUUUUUGCAGGGCUGAGAAAAGUGGUAUCAGAAUUUGAAAAAUACAGUAUUUCCAGACCAGUGAUUAAUGAACAAGGGUGUUUAAAGUAAGUUUUGUAAAAAAAUGUGUAGAAUUUUCCAUUUAGUCUAAAUGGAAAAUUAUCUUAAUGGAUGACUGAAAUCAGUCCCUUUUGAGUACAUGCAUGUAAAUCUUUAUUUGUGUAUUUGUAAAAGUAUAUACAAUAUUACUAUACAUUUUUUUUUUAUAAAGGGUCUUUAUUUUAAACAGACACAAGCAUGUUCGUUGCAAAAAGAUAAGAGACACUUUUAAUAGCGACGGGCCCCCGAAGGCAUGCAUUUGGCCGUAUUGUUGUGGUAUGCAGAAAAUGUAACUUGUGACUACGGUGCCACUUACUAUGGCAUCAUACUGUACUGUACUGUACUGUAUGAGUUAAUAGCAUAAAGUGUUGAUACAAAUUUCCCAUUAGACACUGUGCCGAUGCACUCCAAACUUGUGGAUUAUUAUUUAAAAAAAAAACAUGUUACAGACUUUUCCUUUUGCUGGUUUUAAUCAUAAAAAGAUGAGAUGUUAAAAAAAUAAUCAAUGCAUAUACCUGUUUGUUAAAUUAUUUAAUUAGCUUUGCAUAUUAAUGUUAUUAAUAAGAACAAGCAGUAAAGAUUGGACCAAAAGGAUCAGAAGAGAGUAAAACUGGUGUAAACCAAUGAAAGAAAAACAUCAAACUUUCACUAUACAACAAUGGUUUUGCCACACAUUCAAUAUAAAAAAAAAUAUAUAAAAACAGCCUUCACAGAACAGUAAAGCAAUCAGUCCAGCACGAUACUUGUCGUUUUGCUGCUUGCAGAACAUGUUUGAGUUAACUGCCUGACACAAUGCUGGCAUCUUGUGAAAUUACACUUCACUGUUUUAGAGAGCGUCUGUUCAACUUUUAUCGGUGUAUGUUUUCUAUGGAUCACUAGAACCUUUUUGGUGUCUGUGGUCUAAAACUAAAGCUAUUACCCAGACAACCACUUAAAACUCGAAGAUCAUCUUAUGCCCAAGUGGCCUGCGUUAAUUGUCCAAAUACAUUAGCGUCUGCUCUUUGACAUCAGACGCUAUCAAUAAUAAUAAUAAUAAUAAUAAUAAUAAUAAUAAUAAUAAACAAAAGGUUACUACUUCAGAAGUCAUUUACCCAAAUCAGCUUUGUAAUCAUCACAGCACUUGAAGGUAAAUGGAUAUAAAAUAGAAUCUUUGAAAAUAAACUCCCCCUCUGAGGACUAUGCAUGCAUAUACAAUGCAAUGGUGGUGCCAAAGACUUUUGCUUCUCAGAGUGCUGUCCAAUAGGCCAUACAAUUGAUUUGAUUGGCCCCUGAAAUUAUUCUCUAGCAGGUCAUUUUGUAUGUUUUUUUUUAGGUUGCUACUGUGAAAAUUCACCAAUUUCCAUUUCAACUUGGAUUUCAAAUACUGGGCUUCAACUUGGAGGCAUACUAAACCUAAUAAAACAAACAUCUAUUAAGAAAAUGG